AUGAUAAAUUUGCCACAAGAAAUUUUAAUAUCUAUCACAAGCUUGUUGACAACGCGAGAUAAACUCAACUGCAUUCGCGUUUGCAAGAGCUGGUACAAUAUCAUAGCCAGUUCCAAUCUUUAUGACAAGCUUGAGGUUAAAAAUGAUUCUGUGUUUGACAUUCAAGCAGCAGUAGAUAUGUUUCGAAAAAAGAAAUAUGUCGGAGAUACUGUGAAAAAUUUAAAUAUCAAAUGGCCAAGCCUUAAACAUUCAGAUAUACUCGUGUCGUUCCCCAAACUGUUUCCAAAUGUACGUACAUUACACGUCGACGAGGAAUUUUACAACGCAAGACAAUUUCCCAGUCCAGAAGAGUUUGAUUAUGCUGAAACGUUCAAAUGUUGGAACAAACUCGAAACUUUGAUCGACCGCUCUGAAUAUUUAGUGUUUACAGAACAUAUCUUUAAGCAUAGUAAUCUGAAUACUUUGAAACGGCUAGAUAUAGCGACAGUAGAUAUGUAUGCUAGGGAGGAGAGCGACAAUAUAUUGAAAAUACUUCGUGACAACAUUCAUUGUAUACCAGCACUUCAAGAGUUAUCUUUGGUAAAUCCUACUAUCAGAUUGGAGGAUAUGGAGGUGUUACACGACAGCAUUCGAAAUUUAAAAAAACUUAUACUAAAUAUCAACUGCUUUCAUAAUCUGUGGUUACAAGAACGAGCUGUCUCUGUUAGUACCCAGGCAAGCCAACUUAAAUCGCUUACGCUCUAUAUCUACCCAAAUUCUAUUCGUGAUGAUCAAGAAAACUUGGACGAGUCUGUUCGUAAGUGGAUUUCUUACAUUGGUCAAAAAUACAAGAACCUUCAAUAUCUUAUGAUAGAGACGUAUAGCCAACGUACAUACAACCACUAUUUAUCAACGACGAUGGAAUACGCUGCAAUGAACAUGUUAUCUGCUUUAAGAUAUAUCAAAUACCUUGGUAUAGAUUUAUGUCCUUUAACUAAGAGAAUAACGAGUAUCAUGGAAUACAACAGAAUACAACUAAAUGGCAUGGUUCUUCAUUUAAACGAUACUCCACAGAAUGAACAAAUGAUUGAUUCUUUAAGACCAUCGCAACUAAUUAACAAGGUUGUAAAACUAACAAUCCGAAUUUCUGCUCUUGUUAUCAGAAGAAUGAAUGAACCAUCGUAUCUGAAAUCCAGAGCUAUCAAGCUACCAGAAUUGUUUAUAAACGUUGUUGAUUUGACUGUUUAUUGGAUUCCUGAAGGAUGUGCGACAAUGCUACUUAGCAAUCUUAUUCAAAGCUUCCCUGUGCUCCAAAAAUUAGAAACUGGCCUUGUAGAUUUCGGUGUAAGCGAAUCAGAAUUGGCCAACAGUUACCAUAUCAAAGAGUGUAAUACUUUGGAGAGUAUCUGCUUCAAUCUACGUGCAGGUCCCCAUCAAAAGCGAACAAACCGAUUUGAAUUUAAUUCUUCUUUCCAAGCAUUAUUUCAGGCAUGCCCUCAAAUUGAAACAGUCCAAAUUACCGGUGAAUUGAACGGAGUAUCAGAUGAACAUGAUAAGGAACUCACUUUAUGCUUUAGCAAGAAUAUUAAAUUAAAGCAGGUUUAUAUAAGGUUGGUUAGAUGUGAUGGUUACUCAAUUAAUGGAAGCCUAGUCGAAAGAAAGGAGGCGUCAAAAUAUCCUUUCGAUGAACAGUUACAUCAUCUUAAUCUAGUUAUUCAUGAACCAUCAUACGUGACUGUAUGGGCCUGGUUUCCAAACCCUUUUUCUUUUUAA